UUUAUUUGUUAAAUUAAAUGAUGCCUGAUGAGAAAUACGGAAUAGUAAUUAAAACAGGGACAACUUUAAAUGGAAACACCUUGAUAAGAAAAUAUGAAUAAGUUCCAAAUAUAAUGGAAAAGCACAUAAUACCAAGGCCAAUAUAAAUUGUUUAUAUAGAAUCAAUAGAAGAACCUUGGCGUUAAUUAGCUUUAGAUUUGGAGAGAAAAUAUGUAGCCUUAACUUUGCAGUUGCAGAAUAGAAAAUUAAAUGGAUAUCAAAAGACUGAAAAUUGUUAAGUUACAUAGAUAGAGGUAAAUUAAUAAUGCGAUGAAUUAGAGAAUGAAAUAAUAAAACUAGAAUAAUAAUUGAAGUAUAUAUUAAGUUAUAAAAGAUAAUUGGAUGAGGAUUACAAUGAUAAGAUGAAAUUAUUAUAGUAAUUGUAGGAAUAGGAAACAAGAAUUGAAUCUACUAGUUAUGAUUAAGAACAUUAAUUAGAGGAGAUGAAAUAGAAGUUUAAGAAGUUAAACGGAUUAAAUAGUGAUAUUAAUGAGAAAAUUGUUAUGUUAGAAGCAGAGAUUGAAGCAAUAAAAAAGAUGUAAACAAGAAAGAGUAUAGUAACAACAACUUCCACUAAAAAUUAGAUUCAUGUUUUAUGA